GCCUUUCCACCUCAUCCGUCAGAUCAAGAUAAUAUCAUCCGUUUGGCUUAGCCGCCACCACAUCGAACGGUUUAGAUUUCUCUAAAGUCCUUACAAAAAGCCAACAAUUCUCGUCUUAGCGGUUCUAGAAACCCGUUAUGUUUUUACUUCCCUGACGUUAACAGAAAAACAAAAUACUCCUAGCGACACAAAAACAAAAACAAAAAAAGUUAUCUGCUUUUUUCUAGUAUAUUAAUAUUGAAGAAGAGCUGGUGGUUGGAGCUUGAUUUGCCUAUAAUUGCUCAACUUUCAUUCAAAGGUUGGAGAAAAACCGUUUUUUUGCUGAGGCAAAGUAGUACCUAUUCUGCAGUCUGGAUGGCCAGGAAAGAUAAGUUGCGUGGAGGUGGUUCUGCUGGUUUUGCCACUAACUAUGGAUCGGAAGGCUCUGGCAGUUCAGGGAGAUUCGAUCCUAGAAUUGCUGUUUCAGGACAUUCAAUUGGUCCUCAGCAGAGAUGGAUAAAUAUAAAUUCUUCUUCGCAUGAUAGUUUUGCUGUGCCCAUCCAAGUUAUACCGUUAUCCAAGCUGUCGCAAUCUGAGAGGAAAAACAUGGUUCUGCAGUUGAAAUCUGAUCUUGAACAAACUAGAAUUCUUCAGAAGAAAGUUGAGUUUUAUAGGACAAGUGUAGUUGCAGUUUCAUCUUCUAGUGAUAUUGUUAGCUGUAGCGAUGCACGUCUCCCCUUAGCAAGCAAGAAGAAAUCUGCAGGAAACCCUGGGUUUGGAAAAAAGUCAAACCCUCUUGCUCAGAAGACACGGGGCCUGAGCAGGGAGGUGUCAGGCAGGUUUAAAUCUGUUAUGGCUGCUUCAGUACCAUCCAGUUCAAAUGCAACAUUGAUGAAACAGUGUGAGAACCUGUUGAAAAAGUUGAUGUCUCAUCAACAUGCUGGUGUGUUUAAUGAACCUGUUGACAUAGUUAAGUUGAAAAUUCCAGACUAUUUCACUGUCAUUAAACACCCAAUGGAUUUGGGGACAAUAAAGAAGAGGCUAACUUCAGGUGCUUACUUGAAUCCACUGGAGUUUCUUGCUGAUGUGAGACUGACGUUCUCUAAUGCAAAGACCUACAACCCUCCUGGUAAUAUUGUCAAUGUCAUGGCUGAUACAAUGAGCAAAUUUUUUGAACUGAGAUGGAAAACUAUUGAGAAAAAGCUGCCUGCAAACCAUGCUGAAUCAAUGGAAGAAAAAUCAGGCUUGCAUGAAGAAAACGAAACUGCUUCAAAGAAGAGGAGACUUUCUCCAACACGGCAUGUAGUUAUGCCAGAACCUCCUAAAUGCAAGAUGACUGAUGAAGAGAAACAUAAACUAAGUGGUGAACUAGAAGCUUCACUUGGUGAUCUACCCGACAACAUCCUUGAGUUUUUGAAGGAACAGAGUUCAAAUGGAACAGCAGCUGGAGAUGAUGAAAUUGAGAUUGACAUUGAUGUUCUGUCCGAUGAUACUUUGUUCACGUUACGGGAGCUUCUAGAUAAGUUUUUGCAAGAGAAACAAAAAGACAAUGCAAAAGUUGAACCUUGUGAGAUAGAGCUGCCAAAUGAAUUGGGGCUUAGCAAUUCAUCCAUGCACCUAGAAGGAGAUAAUGACCAUGUUGAUGAGGUGGUUGAUAUUGGUGGAAAUGAGCAUCCUGUCUCCAGUUAUCCUUCACUUGAGAUUGAAAAAGAUACAGAUCCAAAAAGAGAUGAACGUAUAAAUACAGGAGGUCCCAAUGAUUCAGAUUCUAGUAGCUCUUCUGAUGACGAAUCUGAAGCUCAAAGAACAUCUGAUCAUGCUGAGCAGGAUCACAGUUCGCAAGCAAAGGCAGAUGGAAAGGAAGCUGGCAAUAGUUUAGCUGAUGGAAAUCGUGAGUUCUUUUCUGAGUCUAUCAAUGGCGUGGACCAGCUGGAACAAAGUUCUCAGCAAAUGCCAUUCUCUGUUGAGUCAGAAGCAUGUCAAGAUGGGGAGAGUGCGCCGUGUGACAGGACGGUCUCCCCUGGAAAGCUCUAUAGGGCUGCUCUCCUGAAGAACAGAUUUGCGGAUACAAUUUUAAAAGCUCGAGAGAAGACACUUGUUGAGGUUGAGAAGGGUGAUCCGGAGAAACUUCGUCGUGAAAGGGAGGAACUUGAGAUGCAGAGGAGGAAAGCGAAAGCUAAGCUGCAGGCAGAAGCCAAAGCUGCUGAAGAAGCUCAAAGACGUGCAGAAGUGGAAGCUGCAGCUGAGGCUAAGAGGAGGAGAGAGCUCGAUAGAGAAGCAGCAAGACAGGCCUUACUCCAGAUGGAAAAGACUGUAGAGAUUAAUGAGAAUUCAAAGUUCCUUGAGGAUUUGGAGAUGCUGACUACUGUCCCUACGGAGCAAUUACAUAGCUCGGUAGACGAGACCAGUCCAGAUCAUUCCCAGGAUGGGUUAAGUAGCUUCAAAUUCGGAGGCAGUAAUCCUUUGGAGCAACUUGGUUUGUACAUGAAGGUGGAUGAUGAUGAGGAAGAAUGUGAACCGGCUACUGUCCCAAGUGAUCCUAUUGAUGUUGAGGAAGGUGAAAUUGAUUAAGCUACUACCCUCUUCCACGUUUGCUGUAUUAUAUAUAUAUUUUUUUUUAGAAAUCUGUAAUAGGUUUAACAACAUGAAUCCUCUUCCCUAUUGAAAGCCAAAAAAAAAAAAUAUAGAAAAACAAAAAAGAACAGAGAGAAAUAUGGGUAGUGUUGAUUUGGCAUUCAGUUUGUAAUUGGAUGUUAGUAAGGUAAAAAAAGAAGGAACUGUGUGGAAGUCCUCUUCUUGUUCGCCUUUUCUGAUUGUUCAGCUUUGCAUGCUUAAAGGCUCAAAUAUGUCAUCGAACUAUCAGAAAUGACUCAUUUAUGUCACUCGUCAAUAGUAUGGCUCAUUUAUGUCA